AUGAGAGUCCACACAGGAGAGAAACCGUUUGUAUGUGAGGACUGUGGACAUAGAUUUAGCUGGAAGAAAAGUUUAAACUCACACAUGAGAGUCCACACAGGAGAGAAACCGUUUGUAUGUGAGGACUGUGGACAUAGAUUUAGCUGGAAGAAAAGUUUAAACUCACACAUGAGAGUCCACACAGGAGAGAAACCGUUUGUAUGUGAGGACUGUGGACAUAGAUUUAGCUGGAAGAAAAGUUUAAACUCACACAUGAGAGUCCACACAGGAGAGAAACCGUUUGUAUGUGAGGACUGUGGACAUAGAUUUAGCUGGAAGAAAAGUUUAAACUCACACAUGAGAGUCCACACAGGAGAGAAACCGUUUGUAUGUGAGGACUGUGGACAUAGAUUUAGCCUUAAAACUAAUUUAACCAAACACUUGAGAGUCCACACAGGACAGAAACCAUUUGUAUGUGAGGACUGUGGACAUAGAUUUACCCAGGAGCGUAAUUUAAACAGUCACAUGAGAGUCCACAAAGGACAGAGACCAUUUGUAUGUGAGGACUGUGGACAUAGAUUUACCCAGGAGCAUAGUUUAAACAGUCACAUGAGAGACCACAAAGGACAGAGACCAUUUGUUUGUGAGUACUGUGGACAUGGAUUUAGCCUUAAAAUUAAUUUAACCAAACACAUGAGAGUACACACAGGAGAGAAACCGUUUGUAUGUGAGGACUGUGGACAUAGAUUUAGCCAAAAGUACCAUUUAAACUCACACUUGGUAGUCCACACAGGAGAGAAACCGUUUGUAUGUGAGGACUGUGGACAUAGAUUUAGCCUUAAGGCUAAUUUAAACAAACACAUGAAAGUCCACACAGGACAGAAACCAUUUUUAUGUGAGGACUGUGGACGUAGAUUUAGCCGUGAGGCUCAUUUGAACUCACACAUGUUUGUCCACACAGGACAGAAACCGUUUGCAUGUGGGGAUUGUGGACAAAGAUUUAGCCAGAAAGGUACUUUAAACUCACACAUGAGAGUCCACACUGGACAGAUGCUGUAAAUUUGUGCAGGUGGAUUUGUCCCACUGCCUGCCCGAUCGAGCAUAUAAAUGAUUUCUUUUAUAUUGCUAUUUAACUCUUUAGCAUUCUGGUCAGUCAUUUGGCAGUGGUGGGCACAGUUCCACUAAAGCACGGGGAACUAGUUUCCUGUUUAGUGCUUUAGGGCUUUUGCUAAUGUUUUUAAUUUCUUAGUAGAUAAGCACUUGUUAAAUUUAGAAGCACUAACU